AGUGUUGCUGCCUUUGACUUGUUCCAGGCGCGAAGCGCAAAUGUCAUGAGACAGCAGGGGUCCUUAAGUCCGUGGACCCCGCAUUCUGAAGCUCUACCAGCGGCUCUAGCUAUUGUUCCUCCAGCCCCGCCGAUCCGCCAUAGCUAGUACCCCCCAUUUGCCUCGGAAUUGUCCAGAGGCCCUGCAUCCAGCAACACCAUGUCCGCUACCAUAGACUCAGAGACUCUCAAACAGUACCUGGCCGACAGCCCGCCCACGGUUGUACCGCUCGCGAUCAAGCCCCACUUCGAGGCGUUGACCGACAAGGAGAAGCUAUAUGCACACCACAUCUCACUAGCCUGCUUUGCUGGCACGCGCAUCGUGCUCCGCCAGCUGUCCCCCGAGUCCGAAUCCAUCUUCGAUUUCAUCGUCGCCCUGCACAAGCACAGCAAAGGCGACUAUGACGCACUUGCCAAAGAGGCAGGUCUGUCGCAGGAGGAGGUCGAGGCGUAUCUGAACUACGCCGCGCAGUUUCUCGGAAACCUCGGCAACUACAAGUCGUUUGGCGACUCCAAGUUCGUGCCACGUCUCGAGCCCAGGCAGCUCAAAGCGCUGGCAACGACAUCCACGGAGGCGUUGGGAUUCUACGACCAGUUCAAGGACGCUAUAUUCGCGGGCGACGAUGUCGCAAAGCUUCACCUCGGAUACCCCAGUGCAGGACAUGUGUCGACGUACUAUCCUGACUCGCCAACCAUAUCAAAAGAGGAGAUUACCGGAGUGAGCGACUUCCUCGAGAGCAAGGGACUUUUGCCGGAGAACACAAGGAUCAGAAAGAGGGACGGUGGGUUUGAUGUCCUGAUAGCUUCGGCGUUGAGCGACCCCACGUCUGAGCAGAGGGAUCUGAAGGACAGUGAAUGGACAUUGGACGACGGGAAGAAGGUUAAGCUGGUGUUCGGCGACUACUCCAAGGAGAUGGAGCUGAUUGCGCACCACAUCGACCAAGCCAAGAAAUACGCUGCCAACGACAAUCAGACGAAGAUGAUGGACGAGUAUGCAAAGAGCUUCAGGACAGGUUCGCUGGAGGCAUUCAAGGAAAGCCAAAGGGCGUGGAUCAUGGACAAAGGACCGACGGUCGAGUCUGAUAUUGGCUUCAUCGAGACGUAUCGCGACCCGCACGGCAUUCGCGGCGAGUGGGAGGGAUUCGUGGCCAUGGUUAACAAGGAGCGAACCAAGGCGUUCUCCAAGCUGGUAGAAUCUGCACCACAGUACAUACCAAAGCUUCCCUGGGGCAAAGAGUUUGAGAAGGACAAGUUCCUGAGCCCGGACUUUACAUCACUCGAGGUUCUCACGUUUGCCGGUAGCGGGAUACCUGCGGGGAUCAACAUUCCCAAUUACGACGACAUCCGACAAAACGUCGGGUUCAAGAACGUGUCUCUCGGCAACGUCCUCAGCGCGAAAGCUGCCAACGAGAAGAUCCCAUUCAUCAAAGACGAGCAACAGGCCCUCUACAAGGCGAACGCCGACCAGGCGUUUGAAGUACAGGUCGGCCUGCACGAGCUGCUCGGCCACGGCUGCGGCAAGCUGCUGCAAGAAACAGCGCCGGGCGAAUUCAACUUCGACCACGACAACCCGCCCAUCUCGCCCGUAACGGGGACGCCGAUCCGCACGUGGUACAAGCCGGGCCAGACAUGGGGCUCGGUCUUCGGCACCAUCGCCGCCAGCUACGAAGAAUGCCGGGCUGAAUGCGUGGCCAUGGCGCUGUCCUGCGAGUUUCCGAUCCUGCAGCUGUUCGGCUUCGGCGACGGCAGCAUCGACAUCCACGGCCCGGCGGGCGACGUGCUGCACACGGCGUACCUGUCCAUGGCGCGCGCAGGCAUCGUGGCGCUCGAGUUCUGGGACCCCAAGAGCCGCAAGUGGGGCCAGGCGCACAUGCAAGCGCGCUUCUCGAUCCUGCGCACGUUUCUUAACGCCGGCGUCGAGUUCUGCGAGCUCGAGUGGAAGGAGGACGACUUGUCGGAUCUGACGAUCCGGCUGGAGCGCGACCGCAUCCUCGAUCUGGGGCGCGCGGCCGUCAACGAUUAUCUGCAGCGCCUGCACAUUUUCAAGAGCACGGCCGACUACAAGCAGGCGAAGAAGCUGUACGACGACAUUACCGACGUGGAGCCGUUUUACGAGAACCUGGUGCGGCCGGCGGUGUUGAGGAAGAAGGUGCCGCGCAAGGUGUUUGUGCAGGCCAACACCGUGGAGAAGGAUGGGAAGGUGGAGUUGAGGGAAUAUGAGGCAGACGCAAAGGGGAUGAUUGCGAGUUAUGCAGAGCGGGCGUAUCUCUGAGUAGAUGCAGAUGAUGAAUGAUGAGAUGAAGAAAUGACGGAGAUAACAAUAUACAAGAAAUCUUUCUUC